UGUCACUGGCCCCGGCCGGCCUGGGGAGGGAGGCCCGGGGUGCCCGAGACACCCAGCUUUGUUGUGGAAAUCCGGUUACCUGGCAUCUAACCUACACCAUGGGUAACUCAUUGGACUUUGCCUGAAGGGAGUCAUUAGUUCCAUUGAAUAUUUGAGCAUCCUGGCCGCAGGUCUUUCAGAAUGAAUGGAAGGUCAUGCAGCAUGAGUCUCCACCGGACAUCAGGAACCCCACAGGGGCCUGGGAUGGUCAGUGGCCAACAUAUUCCUGCCAUCCAAGCCCAUUCAGGCACUCCUGGCCCCUCACCCUGUGGCAGCCUAACAAGCCCCACUAUUGGAAGCCUUGCUAACAGCCUCCAUCUCAAGAUGUCCUCUGGAGUAGGGAUGGCUCUGCAGAGCAACAUGACGGAGAGCCCCAUCCAUCUGCCUGCCCUGAGCCCCAGGAGACAAUUGCUCACCAAUGGGAAACCGCGGUUCCAGGUCACUCAAGCUGGAGACAUGUCAGGGUCACAUACUUUAAAGCCAAAGCAUCAAGAGUUUGAAAACCCCUUUCCUCCAAAUCCUGGAAAAGGGGCUCUUGGCUUUGGGCCUCAGUGCAAGUCCAUUGGAAAAGGCAGCUGCAACAAUCUAGUGGUCACCAGCAGUCCCAUGAUGGUUCAGCGACUGGGACCCAUUUCACCUCCAGCAAGCCAGGUCUCCACAGCAUGCAAGCAGAUCAGUCCUAGCUUACCGAGGGCAGUGAAUGCAGCCAACCUGAAUAGACCUCCUUCAGAUACCAGGUCCCUUCUUUCUCGGGAGUCUUUGGCAUCCACAACGUUGAGUCUGACAGAGAGUCACUCGGCCUUGAGCGUGAAGCAAGAGUGGUCUCACGGUUACAAGGCGUUCCCUUCGCUGCCCUCCACCCACGGCGCUCAGAAUGGCAUGGAUCUAGGGGACCUCCUCAGCCUUCCUCCUGGCACAUCCGUGUCCAGCAGUAGCGUCUCUAACUCAUUGCCACCCUACCUUUUCGGCAUGGAAAGCAGCCACUCUCCUUACCCUAGCGCACGGCACUCAGCCACCAGGUCCCAUUCGGCCCGCUCAAAGAAGAGAGCUCUCUCCUUGUCCCCGCUGUCCGACGGCAUCGGGAUUGACUUCAAUACCAUCAUCCGCACCUCACCCACAUCCUUGGUGGCCUACAUCAACGGAUCAAGGGCCUCCCCGGCCAACAUGUCCCCGCAGCCAGAGGUCUACGGGCAUUUCCUGGGUGUGCGAGGCAGCUGCAUCCCCCAGACGUGCGCGGUGCCCAGCGGCCAGAAGGGUGUGCUGGUGGCCGGUGGAGGGCAGGCGCUGGCGGCCUACGACGAGGAGGGCACGCUGGAGUACGAGCGUAUGCAGCAGCUGGAGCACGGAGGCCUGCAGCCCGGCGCGGUCAACAACAUGGUGGUGCAGCACGGCCUGGCCGGCCCCGAAGGGCCUCCAGCGGGCAUGCUCAAGACGGAGCGCCUGGAGGAGUUCUCGGCCAGCAGCACCCUGGACCUGCCCGCUGCGCCCCCUCUCCCUCCUCUGCCACAGCCCCAAGGCCCCCCGCCCCCCUAUCACGCCCACCCGCACCUUCACCACCCAGAGCUCGUGCCCCACGCCCAGCCGCUGGCCCUGGCCCAGGCCACGCUGGAAGAUGAUGGGGAGAUGGACGACUUGGGGGGCAAGCACAGUUGUCGCUGGAUAGACUGCAGCGCCCUGUAUGACCAGCAGGAGGAACUGGUGCGGCACAUCGAGAAGGUCCACAUAGACCAGCGCAAAGGGGAGGACUUCACUUGCUUCUGGGCCGGCUGCCCUCGAAGGUACAAGCCCUUCAACGCCCGCUAUAAACUGCUCAUCCACAUGAGGGUCCACUCGGGGGAGAAGCCUAACAAGUGUACGUUUGAAGGUUGCAAGAAGGCCUUUUCGAGGCUUGAGAAUCUCAAGAUUCACUUGCGGAGCCACACAGGCGAGAAGCCGUACCUGUGCCAGCAUCCAGGCUGCCAGAAAGCAUUCAGCAACUCCAGUGACCGUGCCAAGCACCAGCGGACACAUCUGGACACUAAACCUUACGCUUGUCAAAUUCCAGGAUGUACCAAACGCUACACAGAUCCAAGUUCCCUCAGAAAGCAUGUGAAGGCACAUUCUUCCAAAGAUCAGCAAGCAAGAAAAAAGCUGCGAUCUAGCACAGAGCUCCAUCCAGAUCUACUCACAGACUGCCUCACUGUACAGCCCCUGCAGCCAGCCACUUCCCCCAGAGACCCCACUACGGAUGGCACUGUAGGAUGCUCUCCUGGGCCAGGGCCUGACCUCUACUCAGCUCCCAUUUUCUCCAACAAUCAUUCAAGCCGAAGCGGAACAGCUGCUGGGGCCGUGCCACCACCCCCACAUCCUGUCAGUCACCCUUCUCCGGGACAUAAUGUACAGGGGAGCCCCCACAACCCCUCUUCUCAGUUACCUCCACUCACAGCUGUGGACACAGGCGCUGAGAGGUUCGCACCUCCCGCUCCAUCUCCUCACCACAUCAGUCCAGGGAGGGCUCCGGCUCCUUCCUCACUGCUCCAGAGAGCCCAGCCUCGCAGCCAGCAGCCGGCAGGGUCACUGCUGAAGUCCUACCAGCCAGAAACAAACUCUUCUUUUCAACCAAAUGGUAUCCAUGUGCAUGGAUUUUAUGGGCAGCUGCAAACAUUCUGCCCCCCACAGUACCCUGACUCCCAGCGAAAUAUGCCACCCAACAGCUCCUGCAGUGUGGUGCCUUCCUUUGAGGAUUGCCUGGUCCCCACAUCCAUGGGCCAGGCUGGUUUUGAUGUUUUCCACAGAGCCUUUUCCACACACUCUGGCAUUACAGUGUACGAUUUGCCUUCGGGUUCCUCAAGCCUCUUUGGGGAAUCUCUUCGCAGUGGGCCUGAAGAUACCACAUUCUUACAGAUCAGCGCUGUGGACCGCUGUCCUAGCCAGCUUUCUUCUGUUUUCACUGAAGGCUAAACAUUUCCCUGGCCUCUGCUGCACAUCCAGGACCUUUCAGUCACUCACCACCUUUUACUUUCAUAAUUCCCACAAUAUGUGUGAAGGAAGUCAGCCAAAUUGGUGGAGCCUGUAGGGUCACUGAGUCCUGGAAAGCAGGAUGGAUAUUCAGGGCUGGCUUUGCAGUAAUGUUGGCACUUGCUCAUUUUUUCUCUGGGUUUGCUGGAACAAGUGACCAGAGGACUGUUUUUUCAAAGGGAAUUUAUAAUCUCACUCCACCAGAUACCUGUUAUUUCCUGGAUUUCAACUCUCAAGACACCAAUGAAUGUGUACAUGCAUGGGGGGAGGGGAGUAUCUUGCUGUAAACUCCAAAGAGGGAAGGACAGCCCAGUUACCAGAGGUAUAGCAAGCCGCCGAACCCAUGUUCUCCCUCAUGGCUGGACAAAGCACGUCCAGGCACAGUGAGGGAACUCCAUGUCCAAAGCGUAAUGUGGCUUCAACUCUUGGAUACUCCCUGGGUUUGCCUCUUCUCUUAACAUAUCCUCAUGCUAAUCACUUGCUUUUCCAUAUUUCUCUAAUGGCCAAAUGGUUUUGUAUUCAUCAAGUUGCUUUGUUUCUGGAUUUUUAAAGACUUCUUAUUUUUACAUUUACAUUUAAAGGAAAGAAAAGACAACACUUAAAAGUUCGUUAUUUGGUUGGAAAUCAUUGUUAUUUUAAUGAUCCCAGGUACAUACAUUUGCCACAGCUGUACCUCUGCCUGGCCCCAAACCUGAAAUGUUAGUUUGACAGUUAGUGAAAGCUAUGUGAGGGAAACAAGAUGGGCAUUCACACACAUGCGUGUGCACACACACACACACACACACACACACACACACACACACCUCACUGUUGCCAGUAUUGUAGCAAGAAUACUCAUGGUUUGAUUGCUCAGUGACUACCCCUCAUUUGAGUGGCUCACCCAUUGCCUCUGCUCUGGUGCUCUGGCUGAGACUGGCCCAGCCAGUAGAUAGGAGAAUAGAGAAUAGGAGAACAAAGGUGGGUUUGUUCAGAAAACAAGACCAGGGGUGCCUGAUAUCCAGUUAGUUUGUCCAGCCUCUGUGCUCUUCCUUCAGGAUAGUCACUCAUCUGUCUAUCUCUCCCUUCCCUGUGUCUGCACCCUUUCCCCUUUUCUUCCUGUCUGUGUCUCAGACAUGCCCAACACUUGCCAGUCCUGCCGGCUCUUUGGAAUGGUUCACAAAAGGUGGGCUGAAUAACACAAGCCUUUGUCUGGAACUCUGGUUUGAAAAUCUGGCUACUUUUUCAAGGAGAACUUAACUACUUUAUAGGAAGAUAUUUUCACUGAUUCUUCCACAAAAGUAUUCAAGAUCCUGUGUCCUGGGCAUAGGCUAUAACAAUUGGACAAAUUCAAAAUACCAAGACAAUUUCAACCUUUUAGUAUGCUCCUAGCUAAGAUUUCAUUUUUUUUAAAUGCUCUUUUGAACAGAAGAGAAACAGUGUUCUUUGUGAAACAGAAGUUGUGAUCUCCAACAAGACAAUAGAAUGCUCAGCGUCAGUCCUGUUCCAGUUUGUAUUCAAUAGAUGGACCCAUCCCAACGGAUUCCCAAGUCAGAAGUCUCCUACCUGAUUCCUCCACUCAUUUCAAUAUGUCAUAGAAUGCAGAAUAAAGAACCAUGUAUGGGUUUUGUUUUUACAGUACACUUGGUUGAUAAGUGACUCUAGUCAUGGAUGUGUUCUCAGGAAAGUGGUCAUGCCGUCGUGCAAGUCUGCAAAACUCUGAAUUCCCAUUUUAUAAAAGCCUGCUGUGUUUUGAGGAAAAAAAUACAUAUCAGGUGAGCUCUUGGGUUUCUGGAAACCACCAUCCUCCUCACAGGCCUUGCAGUUUGUUUUACUCAGCCUAAACAAGUGCACAUGUGUGUUAACACUGGCUUAGUCAAUAGUAUCCUCCAAGAGUCUUCUGUCACACUCUAGAAAGGGAGGAAGACCCUGCUGUCUUUCAGAGACACUAUCUAUCCAUUUUUAAAUCCUGAAGCUUUUACAGUAUUUCAUUUGUGUGAUCACAAAAGAACAGAGGAAAGGCCAUGGCUGUUUUGCAGCUGUUAGUCUUGGCUUGAGGCUUUGCAGAAUUUAAGAGAGAGAGGAGGAUAAAGCAGGAUGCUGAACCUCAGAAACUGUGACUGGCAACUCCCCACUUUGGUGAAGAGGCGAUGCUUUUGAGCCAGUCUCUGGCCUCACAGUGGCCUCUAACCAUCAUGCUACUCCUUCCCUGUCUCCCCUGAGCUAGAGGGAUCCAGGAAGGACCAGGUGGCAGCACCGUUAGCACCUCCUCCUCAGCAGUACACCAAGCACCGCCCCAACCGACAUUUGUGUCAGAGGGAACAUUGUAAGAGCAUAACUCAGUGUGGCCCCCAAAGUGUUCUGGGAUGGCCUCUGGUUUGAGUUUCUUGCCUGGAGAGAUGAUACAUUCAGGUCUUUCAGACUAUACUGCUGCCCUCAGAGUCCAGAAUUUCCCUAACUAUAAAAUUUGGCCCUUAUUUACUUUGGCAUGGCAGAAGAUUUAUACAUAACUGCUUUCAUUGUUGUUUUGUAACAGUGGAAGUAAAACUUCAAGACAUCAUCGCUUUCUGUUUCUGGGCCAUUUCUAUGUAGCCAUUUCCACAAGCAUCGGAGCAGAGCUCGUCAUCUCCCUUUGAAAACAAAAAUGCAAACAGCAACAACAAAAAUUGAUGCUUAUGAAACACACACAGCCCAAAACCAAUUAUCUUACUGAAUUGAAAAGGAUUAGUAUGCCAAGGAACAUAUCAUUGUUGCAUUCAUUGUCAUAAUUCCCUAAAGGGACCACAUCACACUAUCAGUUGUAAUUUAGCCUCUGAUCAGCAUUCAAAUAUUAUUUAAAUAUUUACUGAUCCUGUGAGGUAGCAUCACUUACACGUGUUUCUGCCAUCCAACCCAGGUGAUUCUGAAGUAGAAAAGCAGUCUUCAGUAGAUCACAGCACAGUGCUCACUGAUAAUAGAGUGCUGUUUGUGUUCAGUUUCGGAGUUACCAGCUGACAAGCACACGAACACCAGCUUCAAACUGGGCUGACUGUCCUACCCGCCCCCAUCACAGAACCUUGACUUUCUAGUCGCCUUGAAGUAUUGACAAUAGCCACUGUAAAUGUUCGGUUUAACUAUUUGGUAUUUUAUUUGACUGUUUGGGCCAUGUCGUUUUUACAGCAGCGUUUCAUUCCUAAUGGCACUUUCUAUUGAUACUUUCUGUUAGUAUGGACAGGUGUCAGUUACAUUUUUUGCCAUGGAUGAAGUUUUAAAGAGUGUAAGGGAAAGAAAGAAAGAAAGAAGAAAGAAAGAGGAAGAAAGAAAAGAGAAAGAAAGGGAGAGAGAAACCAAGUUCAUUGGGGGAAAUGGUGAGUGUAAAAAGAAGAGAUUUAUUUUGUACAGACAGCAAAGCAUCCUCUGUAACGUUGCUGACAUAAAGCACUGUCGGGGGAAAAAAGUGGAAAUCUGUUUUCCAUAAAUCACACAGGCUCUUGUACAUAGUUAUAUACACUCACGUAGAGAAAUGAACUGCAUAUAUCAUACUGGACAUGGGGCCGAUUUUACUGUAGAGGCACAUCUGGUGCUCAUUGUCAUAAAUCUUUUAAAGAAUUAGGUACACUUUUUCUAUUAAUAUGUAUAGUUUUGCGAUUUGUCACAGUUAUGUUUCAUAUAAUCAUAAGUUAUUUUGUCUUGUUUCAUGAAGUCCUUUUUUUAUGUCAAAAGUAAAAUGAAGGGAUUGUGUACUUGGCACAGAAUAAAACUGGAAAUAGAGGGUGCGCCUCCUGCCUAAAGUCCUCCUUCAGUGUGUCCCUUGAAGACACAAUGGCAACCAGCAUUGUUUGUUUGUUUGUUCGAUUGUUUUGUUUUGUUUUGCCACCAGCCUCCUCUGUAUUGGGGAUGGUAAUUAUAAUUAAAAGCAGAUGUGGGGUGUGUGGGGGGGGGGGCAAGGCUAGCUUUAAAAUGCCGCAUUGCUUUGGGCCAGAGCUGCAGCCUGGAUUUAAUUAUAGAUAUGAGGACGAAAUGGCAGUAAAAAUGAAUGUCUCCCUGAAUCCUUUACAUGUUGGGAGUGUCCAUAAAUAAAACAUGAAGUUUUAUUUCAUCACAUUUAAUUAAAGCUUUUAUACAUGUUU